ACACUUUCUAUAUAUAUCUGAAGUUGGUCUUUCUUAAAAUAAAGAAAGCUUCAAUUGUUUUUAUGUAUGGCUGCUUCUUCUCUCUUUCCUAUAGACAAUAGCAGAACCACCAGACAAAACAUGAAUGGUUCUGCUAAUUGGUCCCAACAAACGGGAAGAAGAUCAUCAGCAGCUUUGGAAGAUCUUGAAAUCCCAAAGUUCAGAUCUUUUGCUCCUUCUUCAGUCUCAAUCUCUCCUUCCACUUGUUUCAGUCCCUCUGUUUUUCUUGAUUCCCCUGCUUUUGUCUCCUCCUCUGCUAACGUUCUUGCUUCUCCAACCACAGGAGCUCUUAUUACAAACGAAAGCAAUCAUAAAAAAGAAAUUGAGGAAGAGAAGAACAACAACAGCAACAUUAACUACUUCGAUUUCUCAUUUCAGACACAAUCAUUAGCUGUUUCUGCUCCGACAACAACAGCAACAUCAACAAACAGUUCUAUCUUUCAGUCAGAGGAGCAACAGAGGAAGAACCAAUCAGAUCAAUGGAGCCAAACUCUAAAUAACAACAACACUCAUCAAGCUGUAUCUUACAAUGGAAGGGAGCAAAGGAAAGGAGAGGAUGGUUACAACUGGAGAAAGUACGGUCAGAAACAGGUGAAAGGGAGUGAGAAUCCUCGGAGUUAUUACAAGUGUACUUUCCCAAGUUGUCCAACCAAGAAGAAAGUGGAGAGAUCUUUGGAAGGACAGAUCACAGAGAUUGUGUAUAAAGGAAGCCAUAACCAUCCAAAACCUCAGUCCACUAGAAGAUCAUCUUCUUCUUCGACUUUUCAUUCAGCUGUGUUCAAUGCUAGCCUUGAUCAUCAUGGUUCUUCCAAUAAUAGCUUCAGUCACUCUGAUUCCCUUGCAAUCCAGCAAGAUGAUAAUACUACUUCUGGUUCUGUUGGAGACGAUGAGUUUGAGAGAGGCUCAUCGGUUAUCAGCAGAGGAGAUGAAGAAGAUUGUGGGAGUAAACCUGAAGCAAAGAGAUGGAAAGGAGAAAGCGAAACUAACGGUGGGAAUGGUAAUGGAAGCAAGACAGUGAGAGAGCCAAGAAUUGUUGUGCAGACAACAAGUGAUAUCGACAUUCUUGACGACGGUUAUAGAUGGAGAAAAUACGGUCAAAAAGUCGUUAAAGGAAACCCAAACCCAAGAAGCUACUACAAGUGCACAACCAUCGGAUGUCCAGUGAGGAAACAUGUUGAAAGAGCAUCACAAGAUCUGAGAGCGGUAAUCACAACGUACGAAGGGAAACAUAACCACGACGUACCAGCAGCUCGUGGUAGCGGAUACGCCACAAACAGAGCGGUACAAGACCCUUCUUCAGCACCAAUUAGACCAGCUGCUAUAGCUGGUCACUCCAACUACACUACUUCUUCAAGAGCACCAUAUACACUUCAGAUGCUGCAAAACAACAACAACACUAAUGCAGGGCCUUUUGGUUACGCUAUGAACAACAAUCACAACAACAACAACAAAACUCAAACGCAACAAAACGACUUUGUUGGUGGAUUCUCUAGAGCAAAAGAAGAACCAAACGAUGAAUCCUCCUCGUUUUUUGAUUCGUUCUUGUCUUGA